AUGAAUGAAAUGGCCGUAGCUGCAUCUGACACUGUAUCCUCAGCCCUGACGUCCUGUCUGGCCAAUGCAAUCGACAUCUACAACGCUGUACAACGUCAAAGUGACACAAAUCUUGCUCGCUUAUUCGAGACCUUGGUGUCUUCGGUACAGUGUGUCAAAGAUCUAGGACCUGUUCCCGGGAAUGUCUCGUUGAUCAAGUUUGCGUGCAUUCAGAUCGCUGAUGAUCUCUUGGUGCACUUUCAGCGCCUUGAUGGUGGACCAGUUGACGUUUGCGGGGUCUGGGGAAGGGACGAUCUUAGCGCGCUACGGGGCAGGCUUGGGGAGGUUCUUGGGCUGUGCCAAGAUGUUUUGCCGAAUUUACGUGAUAUUUGUCGACCUGUACUUGCUGGUUCACAGAUCCAUGAACCUGAAUAUGCUUCGAUUCAACCAACCGAGAAGACGAUUGACAAAGGUCCGGAAGCCCAAAAUGUCGAAAGCACGGUCGGCGUACCUGCCAAGAAACCGCCCAGGCUCGCUCCUGCCGGUCUCAUCAACAACUUCAUCCUCGAGAGCUUAGCCUAUAAGAGCAUGCACGACCGUGAGAGUCAAGUGACCGAAGCGCACGCAAAAACUCUCGACUGGAUCUUCGACAACUCGCUUAUCUAUCAAUCUCUGCGACGAAAGUUCAGGGACUCUUUUACCGCAUGGCUCAAUGGUUCGGAGCUUAGUCCCAUCUACUGGAUCACUGGCAAGCCUGGCUCAGGGAAAUCGACUCUUGUGCGAUAUCUUUUGCAGCACCCUGUUGCUCUGCAUCAUCUUCGAAAAUGGGCCGGCAAAAAGACUAUCAGUACUGUUGGGUUCUUCUUUUGGACGAGUGGUUCGAUGCAGCAGCGGUCACAGACUGGUUUGUUGCGAUACUUGCUUCAUCAACUCUUGUCUUCUGAUCCAAAUCUUGUUGAGAAGGCAUUUCCAAGCCUUUGGGCGCAUUUGCGACAACUGACCACUAAGGAAAGAGUCAACUUUGCGCUUGACUGGGCCGUUGGAGAACUGCAAGCUGCGUUUUACUCUCUCCUGGAUGCGGCCUUGCCUCAGACCAACAUCUGCCUAUUCAUCGAUGGCCUGGAUGAGUUUGAAGGAGACCAUAUGCAGAUUAUUGACUUCUUCAAAGGCUUGACAAUGAAACACGAUGGCUCGCUGAAGCUCUGCCUUUCCUCCCGACCGUGGGAUGUCUUCGAGAGGGCAUUUGGAAGCUCCGUUCCGAACACGAAGCUGCAAGACCUCAGUUACGAAGACAUGUAUCGCUAUGCACUGGAUACGCUCAAGACUGAUCCGCGACUCCGACGGCUUCUCAAACAGGAUCAGGAUCAGGAAGCUACCCGUAGCUUGCUCACGUCAAUCGUUGAGCAAGCCGAUGGUGUGUUUCUGUGGGUCAGACUUGCUGUUGAGAGAAUGCUUGCAGAUCAUAAGAGACGAAAUAAUAUGACUACCUUAUCAGCGGAGGCGAACGGGUUUGAGAGUCUCAGAACCACUCUGGACAGUCUUCCUACCGAACUUGAUGACCUCUUCGCGAAGCUACUCCUUGAAGACCAAACGUCGUCUGACAUCACGCAGACUGCAACACUGUACCAACUCACACAGGCUAGGGAAAUCGUCGCAGACUUUAUUAGAGAUGAGUCUGCUAACUCCCUAACUGUAUGGGAGCUCGCCUUUGCCCUGCUCGAAGAUGACGACGGGCUUGCAUUGAAUCGUCAAGUCGUCAAAGCAACAGACGAGGAGAUUGAGGCUCGUUGCCAGACAACUAUCAGAAGCAUUAAGGAACGGUUUGCUGGUCUUCUGAAUGUCCACGUUAUCAAGCCGGUAGGUAACAUGCGCUUCGCUGACAAGAGACAGAGUGUCGCAGGUCUUGUCACCACCAGUAAAGUGGUCUACAUCCACCGCACAGUCCGCGACUGGCUCGUUCAAUCCGGCGCAUCUCGUCUCGCAUCUUUCCAAGACUUACGCUUCGAUUCUCAUCUUCGACUUCUUCGGUCUUACGUCCUCCGACUCAAACAUCCCCUCGAAGAGAUUGAACACCAUCGUCGGUUGAAUGAGUGGUAUCCCGAUAUCGCUCUCGCCAUGACACAUGCUCGAUACAUCGUUAACGAUGAUGGGAAGCUGCAGCGGAAGUUCCUGAAUGAGAUGGACAAGACAAUCUCGUGGCUUUGGCUGACAAAGGAGUCAGACGAGACUGACCAUUGGGCGAAGAGCACGUUUGGGUCUUAUGAAGUGAGGAUGAAGGCGCCGCCUAUUCACAACCCGUUCUUGUGUCUUGCUGUCAAGUUUGGCUUGACGACAUAUGUCUGUGCAGAACUUGCCAACAUGACCCAAAACGUCGCAGAUGGAGACGAUGGGUCUACGCCAUUGUUGGCAUAUGCCAUAGAGUUCCUCUGUUCGCGCAACAAGACCAUCUUCCCCACGUCAUCGCCCUCUCUCGUCAAGUAUCUACUCUCGCACCAAACACCCAUCAACCCCGGACCAAAUCACAAGUACAAGCACUUCGAGACCCACCAGCCAUUGACUCCAUGGGUUACUGUCCUCCGUCACCUGCGUGAUGCGAAACGGCGAGGAUGGAUAGAGUACUAUGACAUUAACCCAGAGGGAACUGCGCGCUGGGUUGAGAUUGUGAGGGAGUUCGUCAAGUACGCUGAUGUUGAAGCUAUUGUUCCAAGAGAUACUUGGGAUCCGGAGAUCUCGGCUUUAGGAGUGAUUGACAUGCUGGUCAGGACGUACGGAUCUGCUGAGAUGGAAAGUAUUAAGCUUGAAAUGAAGAAGUCACUUGAGUCAUGGCAGAAAGCAGCAUAG